AUGCUUGAGGACGUGGAUGUUCUCUUUGGGCUGCCGGUUGAUGGAUUACCUGUAGCUUACCCGCAUGCUCUUAGAGACUAUAGCGGAGUGCAUUACCUGCAUAUGUUGCAGCGACUCACCUGUUUCCAGCUAGCAGAGGAGACUGCAUUGAGUGGGGUGAGUCGAUUACAGCUGAUGCCCGUUCGGCAGCAUCUGGCGGCGAUGGAUGCGGAGAUUACGGAUGGUUCACCGGCGAAGGAUAUCGACCGGCACACGAGAUUGUUGUUGUUGCUGAUGUUUGGUGGUGUAUUGUUCUUGAACACUUCAGGAAACCUAGUCAGCUUGAGAUUUCUACAUCAUAUGGAACAACUAGAUGAUUUACCUAGCUACAGCUGGGGUGCAGCUUUUCUAGGUUACCUGUAUAGGCAGAUAUGUUGGGCGUGCAUAACGUUGCCGGAUUUUUACCGCUGCUACAGGUGA